GAAGCAUUACGCCUGUCAGCCACCCACCCGCAAUUCCGAUCAUGCUGCGCUCUGUUGGUCGACAGUGUCAAAGCCGUCGAAAUGCUGCCAUAGCCCCGCACCGCCUGUCAACCUUCGCUCGACGUGGAUAUGCCGCAAUCACCGAUGUCUCCAACUUCCCGAGUGUUGGCGAGCAGCUGCAUGGCUUCACCCUUAAGCGCGUCAAGCAAGUGCCGGAGCUUGAACUAACUGCACUGCACCUGCAGCACGACAAAACGGGCGCCGAGUACCUGCACAUUGCCCGCGAGGAUGCGAACAAUGUCUUCUCCAUUGGCUUCAAGACCAACCCGCCAGAUGCCACCGGAGUGCCACACAUCCUGGAGCAUACCACAUUAUGUGGAAGCGAAAGGUACCCUAUUCGUGACCCCUUCUUCAAGAUGCUCCCCCGUUCCCUGUCCAACUUCAUGAACGCCUGGACAUUCGCCGACCACACUGGCUACCCGUUCGCCACGACGAAUGCCCAAGACUUCAAGAACCUCAUGUCCGUGUAUCUUGAUGCGACCCUCCACCCGCUCUUAAAGGAAAACGACUUCACGCAGGAGGGGUGGCGACUGGGUCCUGAGAACCCGUUGGCGAAAGAGUCGGAAGAUCCGAAUGCAAAGCGCAUAGUGUUCAAGGGCGUUGUUUACAAUGAGAUGAAGGGCCAGAUGUCAGAUGCAAGCUAUUUGUUCUACACAAAGUUCCAGGACCACCUCUAUCCGGCCAUCAACAACUCUGGCGGCGAUCCCCAGAAGAUUACUGAUCUUACCUGGGAACAGCUACGCAAGUUUCAUGCGGACCACUACCACCCUAGCAACGCCAAGAUUCUCACUUAUGGAGAUAUGCCACUGGUCGAACAUCUGAAAGAGGUGGAUAGCCGCUUGAGCAGCUUCAACAAGAUAGCUGUCGACCAGGAAGUCAAGGCGCCGAUAGCUCUGGAAGCCCCCAAGCAUGUUACAGUUGACGGACCCCUAGACCCCCUAGUACCUCAGGAUAGACAGUACAAGACGUCCGUCACCUGGAUGAUGGGCGACACCGCUGAUUCCGUGGAAAAUUUUGCCCUUGGUGUGCUGAGCAGCCUGCUUAUGAGUGGAUAUGGAUCUCCCCUGUACCGCAACCUUGUUGAAUCUGGUCUUGGAGCCGACUUCAGUGCAAACACUGGCUAUGACAGCGCCGGAAGGCGAGGCGUCUUCUCCGUGGGGCUAGAUGCGGUCAAGGCAGACGACGUACCAAAGGUUCGCGAAGCUAUCGCCGAGACUCUGCUUGAGGUACGGAAAAACGGCUUCGACAAGAUCAAGGUGGAUGGCAUAUUACACCAGCUGGAACUUUCCCUCAAGCACAAGACAGCAAACUUUGGUAUGGGCAUCCUCCAAAGACUUAAGCCGGGCUGGUUCAACGGCAUCGACCCAAUGGAGGCUCUCGCAUGGCAGGAAACCGUAGAUGCUUUUCAGAAGAAGUACGUUGAAGGAGACUACUUGGAAAGCCUGAUCGAGAAGUACCUCCUCAAUGACAAUACCUUAACCUUCACUAUGAAGCCGUCAGAGACCUUCAGCCAGGAACUGGUAGAGGAGGAAAGUCAACGGUUGGCAGCAAAAAUCUCAGAGACUACUAAACAAUUCCCAAGCGAACAAGAGGCACGAAAGUACUUGGAAGAGCGAGAGCUUCAGCUACUGGAAGUACAAGAGCAGGCGAGGAACGAAGAUCUGAGCUGCUUGCCCACCGUCCACGUUAAGGAUAUUCCACGAGAGAAAGAGAGGAAGCCACUUCGACAUACAGACUUGGAUGGCGUCAAGGUUCAAUGGCGCGAGGCACCUACAAAUGGUCUGACAUACUUCCGCGCUGUACAUAAGUUGCAGGACCUUCCAGACGAGUUACGGGAGAUGAUUCCUCUAUUUACAAGCGCCAUUAUGCGCCUUGGCACCAAGGACAAGACAAUGGAACAGCUCGAGGAACAGAUCAAGCUGAAAACUGGAGGUAUCUCUGUGGGAUACCACUCAUCACAGUCACCCUUAUCGCUCGAUGUUUACGAAGAGGGUAUGGCUUUCUCUGGUUAUGCAUUUGAUCGCAACAUCCCAGACAUGUACGAGCUUAUCCGGACCAUCAUACAAGAGACCGACUUCGAUAGUCCAGAAGCAGGAAAGAAGAUUCGAGAACUACUACAAAGCGCGGCAAGUGGCGCAAUCAACUCCAUUGCCGAGUCCGGUCACUCCUAUGCAAUGCGGUUUGCUGAGGCUGGUACAAGCCCUGUCGGUCGGCUAGCAGAAGAGACAGGAGGUAUCACUCAGGUCAAGCUUAUGACGACCCUGGCGUCGCAAGAAUCACUCAACGAUGUUAUUGAGAAGCUCAAAGCUAUACAGUCAUUCACCAUCGCAAACAGCAACCAGCUUCGCGUGGCCCUCAACUGCGGUAGUGAGAGCUCGACAUCGAACCAAGAAGCACUUCAUCGCUUUUUGAACACGCUGCCAAAGAACGUUUCUGUACCGACAACAUCACAGCAGAAGCAAUACCCCCGCAACGUAAAGUCAUUCUUUCCCCUCCCUUACCAAGUCUAUUACUCCGCCCGCGCUGUUCCAACAGUAUCCUAUACCGAUGCUGCCAGUGCGCCUCUCGAGAUUCUCGCCAAAAUGCUGACAUUCAAGCAACUGCACCCCGAGAUCCGCGAGAAAGGUGGGGCAUAUGGCGGCGGCGCAUAUGCCCGUGGUCUCGGUGGCGUCUUUGGCAUGUACUCGUAUAGAGACCCCAACCCACAGAACAGCAUGAAGAUCAUGGCUGAAGCAGGACUAUGGGCGCGCGACCGUGCAUGGACUGCUCAAGACCUUGAGGAAGCCAAGCUCAGCGCGUUCCAAGGCUAUGAUGCACCGCAGAGUGUCAGCCGCGAGGGUAUGAGACAGUUUCUCUCUGGUGUGACCGACGACAUGCUGCAAACACGUCGUGAGCGUCUGCUCGAUGUUACUGCAGAGCAGGUGCAAGCAGUAGCCGACCAGUUUCUUGUCAAGCGUGCACAGGAGAGCAGUAUGGCUAUUCUAGGAGAGAGGAAAGACUGGGUCAAGGAGAGUGAUGGAUGGCAGUUCAGGGACUUGGGCAUGACGGAGGCGGCCAAGGCAGCAGAAGAGGCGGAAGGUAUUGCGCAAAAGGAGGAUGGUGUGCCAGCUAUCGCGAGCUAA